UUAUUCGAUGCCCACCGCCGUUAACCCUCAUUGAAGAAGAAGAAGACAAGACAACUAACGACAUGGAAACGUAUCAAGAGGACAGCUUGAACAUCAUUUUUGGUAAAAAACAAAUCGUUGCUGUCAGAGUUGUGUUGAGCAUCCCUGAUAACGUAAGUGCUGUGCGGACUGCUGUCAUCGUGACGCACGGGACUGGAGGGGACGUCAACCUAAAGCAUUUGGUUUCUCUGGCUCGUGUGCUUGCGUCGAAUGGUCUGCUAUGUCUUCGCUUCACGUGUAAAGGUUUAAACCUGGUUUACAGAGUGAAGGCUUACAAUGCUGUUUUGGAACACUUGAAAUAUCUUAAGAAAUUCACAAUCAGACAAAUAUUCUUUGUUGGACGUUCUCUAGGGGCUCGAGCUGCCUCUGCUCUGGCCAGGGAGCUCAGUGUUCGACCAGAGGAUGCAGUAGCAGGCCUUGUCUGUCUGUCCUUCCCCCUACACCCUCCAGGACAGACCCACGGCCAUCGCCAGCGGAGCGAGGACCUCCGGGGGUUGCCUACGGAGGUGCCUGUGUUGUUUCUGUCUGGCACUGCAGACAACAUGUGUGAGAAGAUCCUUCUGGAGGAUGUCGUUAAAGAGAUGAGAUGUCCAACGACUGUUCGCUGGGUCGAAGGAGGCAACCAUGGGCUCAUAGUGAAGGGAAGGACAGAGGAGUCUGUCCAGGAUGAACUCAACGCACAUGUCUUAUCAUGGAUUUUGGAACAAAUUGCAUGAAGCUGACUCUUGAUUCUAAAGUUGUUGUUGCUCCACACAUUCCAUAGUGUGUUAUUAGUGUAAUAUUAUGAAUAUGUUGUGUUUAUAAUGUAGAAGAAAUAUAUACUUUUAUAUAUAUAUAUAUUUUAUUAUUUUAUUUUUUUGGGCUAAAGGUAUUGACAGAUUUGCAGUGAAGAAUACACUCUGCGGGGUGCUUCUCUGAAACUGAGCGUUGCCUUCUAGUGGAGUGUGUUCAGGGAAGCCAAACUUCCCCAAAUAUCAGUGUACAAAAUCAAAUCGAGUUGUAUUUGUCACAUUGCGCCGAAUACAACUGUGAAAGUGUCAAAUCCCA